AAGACGCAGGGCGAUAUCGCUGGCAGGUGAAGACAAUGGUAGGCGUGUGCCACUGUAUUUUCCUCACCAGAAAGCUUUCCUGGUGCAAGCUUCAAAUCUGGAAGCAGCUCCAACACAGAGCAGUAUGAAACAUGUCUUCAGGGUAACACGGCCACACGUCAUUCUGUGGCUCUCCCAUCUCCUUACGAUAUGCUAUUCACAAGCUUUCAUUCCCAUUGACGACCUCCUGAAGCAGUCCUAUCAGACCGAGACAGAGUACACACAACAGUCGAAGAAUGAGUCCCAGUUUUUAACGGAAUUCCACGACAGAGUUGAACGGAAGGGUUACAUCAAAAGGCUAGCAGAGGGCGCUCUGACGCACGAGUACUACUUUCAGGCCACUGACGAGUACGUCAAAAUCACAGAUGCCUCGUGUAAUGUGAGCAAGCUAUCCGAUCAGCAGAACGACUACAACUUCCAGGAAGGCGGCAUCCAGUACGCUUUUGCCUCCUCCGUGCUCAAACUGCUUCCAGCUAAAGCAAUGGAAUAUAAAGGCAGCAGUAAAGUUCGCGGCAUCAGCACGAGCCACUACCAGGGAACGAAGGACGGAGUGACCUUUGAUGCCUAUAUCCGAGAGGGCAGAUGGAGAGGUGCAGACAAUGAUACCGCUCACAUCCCUGUGCGAGUCGUAGUGAAGAACACGACCGACAACGAAGUCGCCUUUUACGACUUCCAUCACUUCAGGCGGAACAUUCAACGCUACUCCGACAUGAAUCUCAGAAUUGGAUUUGGCUGCAUAGGCAAGAAAAAUCCACCAAACAUGGUUCUGCCCAGCAUUCCCAGUCAAGUCUCCUUCGAGUAUGAAAUCUUUGACUACGGAGCAGGUGGUGAGAAAAGCCCUGCUGAGCAGUUGGAACUCAACACGAUGUGGUACGACGCAGCACAAAAGAUUGCGAGAGUUGACCUGACUUCAUGGAGCGGCAAAACGACAACGGAAAUCCACGACUUCAACACUGGAGUGAUGUACGUAAAAGAUGGCAGAACCUGCACUAUCAACCAUGUCACCUCAUCCAAAUUUUCAUACACCAAGGAAGGCAGAAUGAUUAGCUUGAUGAAGACACCCGAUCAGCUGCUUGGUCUAAGCAGUGACCUGUAUUACGUUGGGAAGGACAUGAUGCGUGGUGCCAUGUGUGAUAUUUGGGAAUCCGUCGAAGAAAAUGCGGUGCUGAAGGGCCAGAAAUAUGCGCGUGUUGUCACCACAUAUUACUUCACGCAGCUCAAGUGGCUAUCAACGCUCGAUGGAUCGGAUGAUGCAUUUAUACCGCUGAGGAAAACAGUAGUGGCCUAUGAAAACGAUGAUGACAUGAGAUUGCCCGACAGCAGCGUCGCGUACAACAUCUUCGAUUACGCCGAACAAUCUAGCUACGACCCGAGCUUCUUCAAACACUUUGACAUCAGUGACUGCUUCGCUGGGCCCGACAGCCGUACCUACUUUGAGAUCUCUCUCAAGUGGGAUGCCCAUACCUCCCAGACUACAAUGCUCAAGUAUCGCUCGCUCAUCCGAACCAUCACCAAGGAGCAGAUCUACACCAUAACCGAAAUCUCACCACUUCGUCUGCCAGGAGUUUACUUGACAGUAAAGGAAGACAACACCGUCCAUGUCGUCGUGGUUUUGCUAGCUCAACCGCCAGCUCUUGCCAGUUUUGUCCUAGAUGAGAUACUGGCGACUCCAGGCAAGAAUAUGAGAAAAGCAAAGUACAUGCCAUCUCAGGAGGACUGUGCAAAAGAGUGCUUACCAGACACAGCCUGCAUGGUAUUCCUCUAUCGUGAACACGUCUGCUACUUUGCAGACUCAGACGACAGCGAGAGGUGGGGCACUCAAGUCUCACAAGACUUCUUCGAGAAGUUCAUAAAGGCUGACGCCAACGUUACGACCAUGUACCAGUCAAACGCCGAUGUCAUCAAGAAAAUUAAGGGCGAAGUCGAAAGUGGCAAUUUUCUCGUCAGUUUUCAGACACCAGAUACGGAUGACGUGUACAAGAUCACCCUCACGGCAUUUCAGUUCUUGGCAGAUGCUAGUCCCUUUGGUGAACGGAUACGCGACAGGCCCUACACACUGGUCACGAAGGCGCAAACGCUUUCGUUGAAACCAAGCACUGCCAUGGUGGCCAAGCCCCUAGGUGCCAGUGGACCCAUAUCAUCCAUACAACAGUGCUACCGCACGUGCACCGAAGAAAACAGCAUCUCGUGCGCCUCUUUCUCAUACUGCUCCGCUACCAGCGAAUGCCGCUUGUCCUCUGUCAUGAUGGACAUCGAUAAUCUGGAUUCCAGGGAAAGUGCUGUCAAGGACACUCGUUGCAACAUCUAUACACGUUCGUACCUGAACUUCUUCAAGAAAUUCCCAGGUUCCGUGGUUCGCGUCGGAGGUGACGUGAGCGUUGCCGGGGUAACGUCAGCAGCUGGAUGCGCCAAGGAGUGCAAACACAACAAAGAAAUCAGAUGUCGCGGCUUUGAGUUCUGCGAGAACAGCAACUUUUGUGUCCUCCACGAAGCGCAUUUCCUCGACAUUGAAUCCGUUGACAUUGUCAACGGCAGUGACUUCUGUUCUCACUAUGCAGCAAAGUUCAUCGCCGACUACUGGGAAAUAGGAAGAAAGUUCGUUGAAGACCCGAUGGCCCGUGUAGUACAGCUCGUGAGCGUUGAAGACUGCGCCAAGCAGUGUUCCCUCGACCCAAGUGGCCUGUGCAAAUCUUUCAACUACUGCCCCGGUGAUGAUGGGCCGGACACCAAGUGUUUCCUCAACACAGUCAGUGUCCUAGAUGACGGUGUGCAGCUCAAGGACACGAAAGGCUGUUACCACUACUAUCAGGAAGACGAUGUCCAUGACUUCAUCACUCGUGGCUGGUAUAAGGCUCCACAGGGUGCCAUACGAGGUGUUACAUCUGGUUCACUAGGAGGACUUCUGUUCGCAAUGCUUCUGGUGGGGCUCAUUGCCGGAGUGGGCGGACUCUUUGCAUUCACCUACUGGCAAGCGAGGAAACGACCCGACGACGGCGGAACCAUUAGAUUUGUAAAUCACAUCAAUGAAUGAAAGGCUACGAAUGUUCACAUGGUAGGAUUACUUAGCCAUAUUAGCUGCCGUCAUGUAAUGCAGACGGCAGCAAUGUGUACAUAAAAGUGCUACAGCAUCUCGUCACAAGUCACAUGCAUGUUAUCUGUCCAUGCCUUCGUGAGUGUGUAAAAUGCCUGUCACAUGACAACACUCCGAGAAGUCGAGAAGCUGACAACAUUGUGUACGCGCUAUGCCUCUUGUGACAAGUGUGGUAAUUAUGAACAAUCACUUCAGUACUAUUGAUAUGGGGAUAUGAUCAAACAUUGAUGUUAAAGAUACUGUUAGAGUAUGUCUUGUUGUCAGCCUUUAUGAUUAAAUGUCAGUCAAACGUGCAUAAGUGUUCAGUUUUGCUUCUUGUGUUGUAAAUGGGAGGGUGACAAUGUGCAUAUGCUACCAUUGCUGCAAUUUUCAAUAGAAAUUGUAAAAAAAAAAAAAAAAUACUGCUGUAUAUGUUUCUUGUACCUAUAGAGUAGUCUAUAGACUAUAGAAGUCCGCCUGCAUCCUGUCUGUGUAAUGUGAUUUAUCGUAUUGCGGAUGGAAAACAAAUUGAUGCCACAGCACAAUGACAUGAACUUGUUUACGCUGAAGCUACAAAUCAUUUUUGUACCAUUCUCGCAGAAAUACUUUAUGUAAGCACGUGUCUGCACGCUGCUGUUGCUGCUCGAUGCACAUUGUGUGUUUUUCAAACAAGAUGAGGUUCUUGAACACAUGUGCUGUGUUCUGUACCAGAGAAAAACAUAGAACUAACAAGUGACAUGUUGUAUUAUAGUUACUGCUUGGAUAGCUAGAGUUCUUUCAUUACUUUAUAUUUAUGAACUUCCAAACUCACGUAAUGAGAGGUUGAAGUAAAAAUAUGUGCAUCAUUUUAUUUGAAAUAAUUUUCACAAAAUAAUGUUUAUGUUAAAUAAAUAUUGUUAAAAUAACUC